AUGUCCUCAAUCGCAGACCAACUUCCUUCUUCCCACGGCUCGUCAUCAUUGAACUCAAUCAGAAACAAUCCCAAGCGUCGAAACGAUGAACGCGACACGAGGCUUAUUUCUCUUGACAAGCUGAUGGGCGGUACUGUCAUAGCUGACAAGGAUAGGCGUUGGUUCGAGAAGAUCAAUAUCGCCGUCCGCACUAUGAUGAACUCUUCGGACUACGACCCUUCCCACGACUACGAGCACAUACAGCGUGUAGUCAUCAACGCGCACCGCCUCUGGCUCGUGGAGAAGGAUCGCGAAGUAUUCCGGAACGCCGAUCCUCUGGUCAUCUUCGUUGCGGCUAUGGUGCAUGAUGUCGGAGAUGAGAAGUAUAUUUCAGACGAGCUGGUUAAGAUGGAGACCGACGACGCCAAACAGGCGCAACAGCGAGAUUCUAUCGAGGCGUUCAUCAGGAAGGCUUCACCUGAAUGUCCACCAUACAUCUGGGGCCCUGCUUCGCACGUCGUGUCGCUGAUCUCCUUCACACGCGAGCUUCGAAACCCUGUGUUCAUCGCCCAGCAAUGCGCAGCUUAUCCUGCACUCCAAAUUGUUCAGGAUGCCGAUCGUCUCGAUGGCUUGGGUGCAUUGGGUGUCAUACGUGGGGCAGUGUACGGAGCUGUACAAGAGCCACGUGGUACUGGUACGAUUCGACAAGCUGUACAUAUAGUGGACGAGCGUCAUACUAGAUACUCAGAGAUGAUGAAGACUCGUACGGGCAAGAAAGAGGCAGCGAAACGCUGGGAAGCUAUGAAGGAGAUCCGAGAUCAGAUUGUAAAGCAAGCGUAUUGCGAAGAUGCACUGGAGGAGUACUGA